AUGGAACAACUCCCAGAUCUCCCCCCAACAACCCGCCUCUCCCCCCUCGUCCUCCGCAUCCUCGGCGGCAACCCCAGCAAAUUCACCCUCCAAGGCACAAACUGCUACCUCAUCGGCUCCGGGCCCAAACGCAUCUUACUAGACACCGGCGAAGGCAAACCCGUCUUCGCGUCUUCCCUUCGCCAAGCGCUCAAGGAUGAGAACGCGACGAUCGAGAAGGUGUUGCUGAGCCAUUGGCAUCCGGACCAUGUAGGCGGGGUGAGCGAUGUCCUCGCCUUGCCUGGAUGUGAAGGGGCGGAGGUGUUGAAGCACCAGCCGACGGCGAGGCAAGAGGCGGUUGCUGAUGGGGAGGUAAUUGCCUAUGAACCUCCACCUGGGCAGAUUGAGAUUGACGACGGCCAGGUUAUUCGGACUGAAGGCGCUACGUUGCGUGCUCUGCAUUGCCCGGGACAUACUGUGGAUCACAUGGCUUUUAUCCUGCAGGAGGAAGACGCCAUGUUCACCGGCGACAACGUGCUCGGGCACGGGACGGCUGUGUUUGAGGAUCUGGGCGCUUACAUGUCUUCAUUAGAACUCAUGGAGAAGCAAUUCGCCGGCCGCGCGUAUCCAGGGCAUGGAGACGUGAUCUCAGACGGCAAAGGGAAGGUAGGGGAGUAUAUCCGGCAUCGACGGCAGAGGGAAGGGGAGGUGGUGGAUGUGCUUGGGACGAAGCGGGAGGAUGGGCACGAGGGAUGGACCAGCAUGGAGAUUGUGAAGGUGGUGUAUCGGCAGUAUCCGGAGCAUUUGCAUGGGCCGGCGGAGGGGGGUGUGGUUCAGGUGUUGCGGAAGUUGGAGGGGGAGGGGGGAGGAGGGGAGGUGGUGUUUGACGGAGAAGGCGGCGCUGUGAAAAUUUUGGACAUGAGGAAUUGUAUGAAAGAUGCCAUUUGUACGUACUCAACCAAUUACGCCGAUGCCAGAUGA